UACUUUUCAUGAAGAGAAAAAGGAAACAAUUGAAAAUCACACUUUUCAUUCUGCUACGUAAUCAUCAAAGCCAAGAAGUUAGAAGCUUCACGCACUAAAAUCAACUCUUUCCACUUUCUUCUCGUUUUCCAAGUCAAUAGCCAAACACCAAACGGGUCUUGAGGACGAUCUUUACAUGAGUCCAUUGCAACUUAGGACAAGCUAUAAUUAAUUUUAUACUUAAGCUAAAAUAACACACCAAUGGGACCAAUCUACAUCCAAGAUUAGAAGCUUUCACAUCAUAAAAACCAACUCAUCCCACUUGCACUUCGUUUUACAAGUCAAGAGUCAAGCUUUUCUAUUUUCCUUCCAACCGCGUUUCAGAAAUUUACAUCUCCAUUACAAAUCGAAUAAUAUUAUAUAACUGUAUUGUUAAUUCUAAACCUUCAAUUCAAGACAGAAACUGUGAGCUAGGCAUGGCUGAGUCUAACGGGGAGGAUCCAGCUAAGCCUUUAGCCCCACUUUAUCUAACUCCACGUAGCGACCAACCCGAAGAAGAUCAGUACCAAGACCAAACCAAACAACACGUCCACCACCACCACCAACGGGCCAAACUAAUCUUAUGUUGUGGCUUCAUCGCAUCUCUAACCAUACUCAUCGCAGUCACUUUCAUCGUCCUCUCCCUCACGGUCUUCCACCUCCACAGCCCAAAGCUCACUGUAACUUCCAUAUCCAUCAUCCAACCGUUGGACAUCGUCAACGGUAAAGUCAACACGACUCAAAACGCUACCCUCGCAGUGGAGAUCUCAUUACAUAAUCCUAACCCUGCCGUGUUUAAAGUUAAAGACGUUACGGUUUUGUUUUACCACGAUGAACUGGUGGUGGUGGUUGGGGAGAGUACUAGAAGAAGCGAAACUAUUCCAGCGAAACGGACGGUGGAGAUGAAUCUGACGGCGGAGAUUGAUACGAGAAAGCUACUAGCAUCUGUCCCAGGUUUAAUGGAGGAUUUUAACGGAAGUGUGGUGUUGAGAAACAGAGUUGCAGUUAACGGUAAAGUGAAGAUGAUCAAGAUUUUCAAGAAGUCUGUUCAGCUUAAGACAGAUUGUGUCGUGACCAUGAUGAUGAUGAACAAUUCAUCAAAGCCUAGUUUUGAUUGUACGAGGACAAGAAACACGUACGAACAUGUUCGAAGCUGAAACAAUAAAUUUUUAUUUAUAAAUGUCUGUAAAUAAACUCAGUUCACAUGUAAAAAAGGAAAGAUGCAAUGUCGAAUCAAAAGACAAGUUUGGUUUGCACCGGUUAA